AAAUCCUGGCAAGGAAUAACAGUCUACUUAUCAGGCCAUGAGACACCAGGUGAAGGAGAGCAUAAAAUUAUGGAAUUCAUCAGAUCAGAAAAAGCAAAGCCUGAUCAUGAUCCAAACACAAGGCACUGUCUCUAUGGCUUAGAUGCUGACUUGAUAAUGCUGGGAUUAACAACUCAUGAGGCACACUUUGCGCUCUUAAGAGAAGAAGUCAGAUUUGGUGGUAAAAAAUCUCAAAGAGCGUGUGCACCAGAGGAAACCACAUUUCAUUUAUUGCACUUGUCACUGAUGAGAGAAUAUAUUGAUUAUGAAUUUUCACCAGUAAAAGACAAGAUUUCCUUUGACUACGAUAUUGAAAAGAUAAUAGAUGAUUGGAUCUUGAUGGGUUUCCUUGUAGGCAAUGAUUUUAUCCCUCAUCUACCUCAUUUACACAUUAAUCAUGAUGCACUGCCACUACUUUAUAGAACAUACAUGGCCAUCUUGCCAGAACUGGGAGGUUACAUAAAUGAAAAUGGGCAUCUGAAUUUAAAACGCUUUGAGAAAUAUCUCACGAGAUUGUCAGAUUUUGAUCGUGAACACUUCAGUGAAGUCUUUGUAGACCUAAAAUGGUUUGAAAGUAAAGUAGGCAAUAAAUACCUCAAUGAGGCAGCUGGUAUUGCAGCAGAAGAAGCCAGAAACAAUAAACAGAAGAAACGCAAGGCUCAGGAAAAUUCUCUCUGUUUGGCUGCUUUAGAAAAAAAUGAAGAUGAAGUUGUCACCUCUAAAACUGUUUUGGAAGAUGAACCAGAAGAUGAUGAUCUGUUUGAAACAGAGUUUAGGCAAUACAAGAGAACUUACUACAUGACUAAAAUGGGUAUAGAAGUAGUUUCUGAUGAUUUCUUGGCUGACCAAGCUGAAUGUUAUGUCCAGGCAAUACAAUGGAUUUUGCAUUAUUAUUACCAUGGAGUUCAGUCUUGGAGUUGGUAUUAUCCUUAUCAUUAUGCACCUUAUCUGUCAGAUAUUCGCAACAUCAGUGAACUCAAAAUCCAGUUUGAACUGGGAAAACCUUUCAUGCCAUUUGAGCAGCUUCUUGCUGUACUACCAGCAGCUAGCAAAGAUCUGUUACCUAGAUGUUACCAGCAUUUGAUGGUUAGUCAAGAUUCUCCUAUUAUAGAAUAUUAUCCGCUGGACUUCAAAACUGACCUGAAUGGAAAACAGCAAGAAUGGGAAGCUGUGGUGUUAAUCCCAUUUAUUGAUGAGAAACGACUGCUGGAAGCCAUGGAAUCAUGUAAUAAGUGCCUAAAAGAAGAGGAGAAAAAGAGAAAUGUUCAUAGUGCUUGCUUAAUGUAUUGGUAUGACAAAGAUGCAGAGUUCCAAUACAUGUCACCGUGGCCAGAGAAAUUUCCCUCCAUAGAAAGAUGCCAUACCAGGUACAAAACGAUACCUUUGGAUGCUUGGCAUGUAGAAAUCACCCACAACAAAAUAACUAAAAUCAACAAGAGUGCAUUGUAUUUUUGUGGAUUUCCUACCUUAAAGCACAUUAAACAUAAGUUCUAUCUUAAAAAAAGUGGCGUACAAGUGUUUCAGCAAAGCAGCCAUGGAGAAAACAUGAUGUUAGAAAUCCUAACUGGUGGGAACUCCAAAGAGCAAACAGUGGAAAAUGUUGCCAGUUCGGUACUUGGAAAGGUGGUUUUUGUUAAUUGGCCACACCUUGAGGAAGCCAGAGUUGUUGCUGUGUCAGAUGGAGAAACUAAGUUUUAUUUGGAAGAACCACAUGGAACACAGAAACUCUAUAUGGGAAAUGCAGUGCCCCCAACUAAAGUGACGUUUGUUGGAGAUAAGGAACAGAGCAUGUGGCUGAAAGAAGUUCAGGGUGUUUCAGAGCAUUAUCAGAGAAGAAAAGGAAUAAUUAUUCAUGAGACAUCAGUAGUUGUGUAUGCUCAGUUACUCACUGGUAAUAGAUAUCAACUAAACCAAAAUGGGCAAGUUUAUUUGGAGAAGCAGUGGUCAAAACAAGCUCUUCCUUUUGUUUACCAAACUGUUGUCAAGGAUAUCAAAGCCUUUGACUCACGCUUUUCGAACAUCAAAACUUUGGAUGAUUUAUUUCCGCCUGGCAGUACAGCCUUCAUGCUGGGAUCUCCAUACUAUGGCUGCAUGGGAGAAGUUCAAGAUUCACGUGAUGUGAUGCCAGAAGGUAGAAUUCGUGUAGUUUUCAGUAUUCCAUGUGAACCUCAGCUUGAUCGUCUAAUACAGAAUCAGCAUAAAUACUCUGUGAAGUACAAUCCUGCGUACAUUUUGGCCAGCCGUCUUGGAGUAAGUGGAUAUCUAGUCUCCAGAUUUACAGGGAGUAUCUUUAUUGGAAGAGGAUCGAAGAAGAAUCCUCAUGGAGAUCACAAAGCAAAUGUGGGGCUAAACCUUAAGUUCAAUAAGAAAAAUGAAGAAGUUCCUGGCUAUACUAAGAAAGUUGGAAGUGAAUGGAUGUAUUCUUCUGCAGUUGAACAGCUACUUGCAGAGUAUUUAGAAAGGGUCCCCGAAUUGUUCAGUUAUAUAGCCAAGAAUAGCCAGGAAGAUAUAUUCUAUGAAGAUGACAUUUGGCCUGGUGAGGAUGAGAAUGGAGCUGAGAAAGUUCAAGAAAUUGUUGCCUGGUUGAAGGCACAUCCUGUCUCUGCUUUAUCUCGCUCAUCUUGUGACUUGCAAAUUUUGGAUGCAGCUAUUGUUGAGAAAAUUGAAGAAGAAAUAGAAAAAUGCAAGCAAAGAAAGAGCAACAAGAAGGUGCGAGUAACUGUGAAACCCCAUUUGCUAUAUAGACCUUUAGAACAGCAGAAUGGAGUUGUUCCAGAUAGAGAUGCAGAGUAUAGGCUGUUUGACCGUGUUGUCAAUGUAAGAGAGAACUUCUCUGUACCGGUUGGUCUUCGAGGUACCAUUAUAGGAAUUAAAGGAGCCAGUAGAGAAACAGACGUGCUCUUUGAAGUUUUAUUUGAUGAAGAAUUCCUUGGAGGCCUAACUAUAAGGUGCUCACCUGCCAGAGGUUAUCGUCUGCCAUCAAGUGCCUUAAUUAACCUGUCUCAUGGUGUUCGGUCAGAAAUGGGAAAUCAAAAACUGACGGCCAUAGUUAAACCUCAGCCAGCUGUGAAUAACUACAAUUCAUAUGCAUCUGAUCUAACAUCUGUAUGCUCACAAAAAGUACAUCUGGGAGGCCUCAACCAUUCCCCUCGCUCCCUUUUUGUUCCUACUCAACAGCUGAAUGGAAGACAGCAUUACAAUCUCAGGGCUGAAAAUCAGGGGACCUCCAACUCACCCCACAAAGGAUCGUUUCUGAAUAGCAAUCAGAAAAAUAAAGCACAGAAUAAGCAAGAUGAUGAAUUUUGCAAUAUAUGGCAAUCAUUGCAAGGUUCUGGGAAGUCUCACCAUGUUCAGCAAAACAUACAUGAGAAGGGUGCAGUUCUACCUCAGGAAAUCAAGCUGGGAUCUGGCAGUCAGUUCUAUAAGCCAGGCUUCAAUGAUGGCAGCUUUAGAAGUCAGCAAAGAAAACAGGAGCCAUAUAAAAAAUUUAAGGAAGAUUCCAGAUUUACAAGGGGUGAAAGUCAACUCCAUAAUAAAAUAUCAAACAAACAGAAUUUUGCAGGUAUGAAUAAGCACAAUGUCAAACUUCUGAAGAGAAAUGAAAGUGUGCCUGUAAUUCAGAAGGCUGCAAGUGAUAAUCCCUGUACAGGUGGAAAGAAGGACAGUGAACUUGAAAGCCUUCUAGCUUCUUUGAAAAUUUCCAAAGAAAAUGAAGUGCAGACUUCUUCCAAGGAAGCAAGAGCUACAAAUGAAGAACAUCUAUCACCACAAUCAUUUGCCAUGAAAGGAACACAGAUGCUGAAGGAAAUUUUGAAGAUAGAUGGCUCUGACCUGGAAACAAGGAAUGAAGUGAAAUCCCAGGUUAAUGAUGUUCCUGCUUCCCCUGGUAGACAGGAUUGCCAUGGAGCUGCACUGCAGUAUAGACAAACAAAAAAAAUGGCUGCUUAUAUGAACAAUCCUCAUAGCACUGGAGGCCCUCAGAGUACACCAGCAUUGGAACCUGGAGGUCACCCCUUUGUUGGUCAACAAUCCACAUUGUCUACUCCUGUUUCUGAACUUUCUCGUAUUUGUUCUCUUGUUGGAAUGUCACAACCUGAUUUCUCUUUUGUGAAAACACCACAGACUAUGACCGUUUGUCAUAUCAAAUUAUCCAAUGGAUUGUUGGUUCAUGGACCACAGUGUCAUUCUGAAGCUGAAGCAAAGGAGAAAGCUGCACUUUUUGCUUUACAGCGUUUGAGCUCUGUAGGAGUUAACUUGCCUUUUCCUCCACCGAUGUUUCCAAAUUACCAGCCACUAGGAGUUCCUGUGCCACCUGGAUCUAUUCCUCCAAUCUUUCCACAACCCCCUGCUAAUAUAAUACCUCCAUCAUCUCACAUGUUCGGUCCAGUGUCCUGGGGAACUCCAGUGCCUAUUCAUGGCAAACACUAUUAUCCUGGUUCCUAUCCAGGAAAUGUGUCCCUUGCAGGAACUAUACCUGUUGGUUCUCACAACCAGUUUAUACCUCUACAGGUAACUAAAAAAAGGGCUGCUAGCAAGAAAAACUUUGAGUUCAAGGAGUUUCAGAGUUCCCCUCAAGCUGCACCACUAAAGAAUGAACAGCCAGUGUCUUCUGACCACAUUCAGCAAGAUAGUUCUUCAGCUCCUUUAAAAUCUCCUCAAGCUGCUCAGUCUUCUGUUUCAUUUCAAGACAAUGUGGCUACUCCAAGCGUUCCUCGUAACAAAUCAACACCAAAUACUUCCAGCAAGCGAAAGCCAAGAAAGCUGGCUGUCAAUUUUGGCACACCAAAAUCUGCAGAAUAAAUAUGGUAGCUAGGUGUAUUUUAUUUUUAACUCUUCCCCCAAUGUUAAAUCAUUUAAAAAAAUCAGAAAGCUCUACUAAAAAGACCAGCCACUUUAAGUAUAAUAUAGAAUGAAAUACAUUUUAUUCGCUGUGAAUUUCAGAUUAUGGAGAUUGAAAAUGACAUUAAAACUUAGUUAUUUUAACCUAAAUUAGCAGGAAAUGCUGAGUUAAGGUUACCAUGCCAUUCAUUGUGCCUAGGUUUCUGAACAGUGGCUUACUGACUGUACUGGGUGAGCAGCAAUAACAGUGGCAACCUUAAUUCAGAAUUGCUGUGCUUUUUGAGUGGGAUAUGGAGCAGUAAUAAGUUGGGCAUCAAAUAUUGCUUAGCAUGACAUUUUGUGUUCUAGCUUGUUUUUAAAUAGUGUAACAAGAUAAAAAGGAAAAAAUAUUUAAAUGCAGUUUUUAUAUUGGCUUUCCAGGUCCUUUUGAGAUGAAUCAGUAUACCUAAAACUUAGCUACAGUUAAACUGCCAAAUUUUCUUCAAUUAGUAGAUUCUGUGCCAGAGGGAAACAACUUUAUAACUUUCAAAAAUAGGUAUUGCUAUGUCUCUGAUGGAUCAGAGUGGCAAGAUGUGCUUGCUGAUGCAGAUUUCUUUCUAAGAGAUCAAUUUAUAGGAUGUACUGAAUAAAAAUAUAUUUACAAAGUAGA